AUGAUUUUUGAUCCAAAACAAACAAAAUGUCCAGAAUUCGAAGCAUUUGAAUCGGAAAUUGUAGGGCCUACUUCUCUUCCACCAAAUAAUACCUUUGAAAUUGUUGUCGCUAAGAAAUUAAAAGAUAUUGGAAAUCUUAUUUCAGUAUUAUCAAUCAAGCCUAGAUUAUAUCCACUUAAAUAUGCCGAUCAAGCCGGUGAGCAACGUCUUCCAGGUAAUGCUGCAGUAAAUUUCACAACAGAUAAAAUUGGAUUUCCUAUUUCAAUAGAUGUAUCAAGAGAUUCUCCUAUUUUAUUCUCUGCUACAAUGCCAAUUAUUGAUUCACUAAAUUUGGCAGUUAGUACAACUCUCGAGAAAAAAAUGAAAAUGAGUUUCACUCUCAAUCAUUUUAAUCCAUACACAAACUUAUCAUUCAAUUACUCAGUAGCUGAUUCCUUCAAGACUGCUCUGUAUAACUUCAAGAUUGCUUCAGGAGUUCCAAAAAAAUUCUGCGUUGGUUUCAAUGGAGCCAUUUCAUCCAAAGGAAACACAGAAUAUAGUUUAAUUGGCUCAAUUAAGGCCAAUCAAUUGAAUUUAAGUACAAUUCUCUCAAAAUCUCAAAACUUAACGAUUUCUUUUGUAGGAACACACCAUCCAUCCGACAAAACCGUUUCUAGUGCUGUUUUACAGUUUAAUCCUUCAACACUUCAAACAGAUAUACUUUUCGGAUUCCAAAGAGCUUUUAUGAGCUCCAAGGUGUCCGCUGUAAUGAAUACAAAAGGAUCUGUUGGAUCAGUGUUCCAAAAAGAUGUUAACGAAAAGUAUUCAAUUAUUAUUUCCUCAUUUGCUGACCAUUUCCAGAAAUUGUACUCGCUCGGAAUGGCUGUAUCAGUUCGCGAUACAAGUUCCGAUUGA